AGCCGGUAGGGGCGAGCAGGGACUUCCGGGGGGAUUUAGCGGCCGCAGGUACAAACUGUAGAGCCGGAUCUCAGGUGGAAGAUGUUCUACCACAUUUCCCUGGAGCAUGAAAUCCUACUGCACCCGCGCUACUUCGGCCCCAACCUGCUCAACACGGUGAAGCAGAAGCUGUUUACCGAGGUGGAGGGGACCUGCACGGGGAAGUACGGCUUUGUCAUUGCUGUCACCACCAUCGACAACAUUGGCGCAGGUGUAAUCCAGCCAGGCCGGGGCUUUGUCCUUUACCCGGUUAAAUACAAGGCCAUUGUCUUCAGGCCCUUUAAAGGCGAGGUUGUGGAUGCUGUGGUCACUCAGGUCAACAAGGUUGGACUCUUCACGGAAAUUGGGCCAAUGUCGUGUUUCAUCUCUCGACACUCCAUCCCAUCUGAGAUGGAGUUCGAUCCCAAUUCCAACCCGCCCUGCUACAAGACAAUGGACGAGGACAUCGUCAUUCAGCAGGAUGAUGAGAUCCGCCUGAAGAUUGUGGGGACCCGCGUGGACAAGAACGACAUCUUUGCGAUUGGCUCCCUGAUGGACGAUUACCUGGGGCUUGUAAGCUGAGCAUGUGGCCUCCUGCCUGCUUGGGAAGUCUGUGGGUCUGCAUGCUGUGGUGUGCGUCCAGCCACUGUUGGGGGAAGGUUCGUCGUGCUCAGGAGAUACCUGCUGCUCCGAUCCUUCCUGCUCCGCUGCUGCUCGCAGAUGUGUGUGUGUAUUCUAACCAUAAAAGCCCUUGAUUCUCA